AAUUUCGAGUGUGCAAGCAGCCUAAACCACCCAAAUUGGUGUUGUGGUGGUCACGUAUUAUGGUGGUCGCGAAUGCAUCACACAACCGGCGACGCUCGGCAGAGUUGUCUCCUUUCACCACGUGCGCUCCUUGCGUCUUUCGUGAAAAUUUAGAAAAAGUGUCCAUGGAACUGUGAAGUGUCGAAUGUUUUACACCUGGGGGAUUGGAGUGAAACAAGUUACGGAGUGCCAGCUAUUCAGAAAUCAAACGAUGCCAACGUUAAUGGUGAAGGAAUUAUUGGUCAUUACCAUGUUAAUCGUCACGUGCAGCGGCGGCGCGAUUAAAGACUGGUUCCACAAUGUAGCGAAGUCAGAGACACCAGUUGAAAGCCGGGGCUCCAUGUCGGAUGCCCUUGUUAACUACCUGGAUUACAUCUUUCCGAAGGAUGACUGGACUUCUACAAUACUAAAGCGGAUAUUCAUGCUAUUUACAGCCGACAAUAUGUUCCAAUUUAGCAGUGAAUUUGUAGGAUUAGGAGAAAACUGGUAGCACUGGUGAUGUGCCGUUCUCAGUAAUGCUCCCCAUAGUACAAAUUAUGCUGGUAAACUAUGAGACCAUUACAGGCAAUGGCCGUCAAAAAACUAUAAAUAAAGGGUUCAAGUAUUAACUUAGUCAUAACAAUAGAGGCUUUAAUAAGUUAGGUAGUAUUUAUUGAAUAGAU